GGCUCCGCGCCAGGCAACAGGCGCGCGUGUGGGGCGCCCUGGCCGUGCAGACCCCGCCCGGGCCCGCCGCCCCCCGCGGGCCCCGCGCACACGAGCUGCGGCUGGAGGCGGCGCUGGCGGCGCUGCAGGAGCAGCUGACUUCAGGACGUCGGCCUGAAAACCCACUUGGACCAGCUGGACCAGCAGAUCAGCGAGCUGCAGCUGGACGUGCGCAGAACCUCCAGCGAGGCCCCGGACAGCGACAGCAGGCCCAGCUCGGGUAUGGCGUCCACUCGGGCCCUGGACCACCUGUCCCUCACCCCAGGGCGCGGCACUGCCCGGCAGGGCUGACAGGGUGAACCCGCCUCUGUGCUCAGGCCACCGGAGGGUCAGGAGCUGUAUGCGCGCCUGGAAGAGCACGUUAUUGGAGAAUACUGAAGACGAAAUACUUUUAAUACUUUUAUUUAAAUGCGCUUGGGAAAACGGGGAGAGAGAGGGAGAGAGUGGGUGUGUACAUACUCGUUGUUUAAUUGGAAAAAUAUUGCUUUUGAUGGAAAAACCCCAUGAGCUUCUCGCCUGUCUCUGGCUAAGACAGAUUCUGUUUAUGUUGAACCAGCAUGGAGAUUGUAAAUAAUAACUUUUAUGUGACAGCAAAAGUAUUUUUUUAAGUCUACAGUCUAAAAUCAGUACAGUCUCCUCUCCUGCGGCCCUGUGCACCCUCCUUUCGAGGUCACGUAGCGAUGGUUAGGGUCGUUCUGACCUUCAUGGUCCUGGGCACAUGGGCUUUCUCUCCAGAUUCCAGGCUCAGACAGCAGCUCAGACGGCAAACCCAGGAGACCAGCGUCUUCCCAAGUACAGUGUUCUCUGCCGUGUCUUUCUCUUCUUUUCAGUUUGCAAAAUCCUGUCACAGUCUGGGUUGUCAAUCAUGUAGCAGGGCCGGGCCGGGGGACCGCCCCAAACGCUGCCCCUUCUCUGGUGGCUGCCUCAGAUGAGCUUGGCGGGCACGAGGAGGGGCGGGGGAGGAUGCCAGCCUCCCUCUUCCGGGGCUGGAAGCCGGAGGUCACACGGGGGGACGUGAGCCACUCGCCCAGGAGAGGGAUGAGCAGGUGGUGGGCAACAGGAGACACUGGUGGGGAGGCGUCCUCGGCAUUCUGGCCCCGGGCACCUCCCCGGCCCGGGCCCCUCCCCGCCCCCGGGCCUGCUUCCCUGAGACCCCCAGCCCCUCAGCGCGGGCCCCCCAGACCACACCGACAGCCUCUGCGCCCCUGUGCAGGCUUCUACGAGCUGAGCGACGGCGGGUCCUGUUCCCUGUCCACCUCCUGCACGUCUGUGUGCAGCGACUGCGUGUCCUUCUCUCUGGGCGCUGUGCUGCCUGCCACCCCGAAGGCCAGGCCCAGCGCGGGGGACUGCCGGCCCCGGUCAGCAGAUGAGACCACGGUGUGUGGGGUCCCCCUGACUGCGUGGGAACCCCAGGCCAGUGAGGGGGGCACCGGCCAGCUGCUGCAAGGCGAGUCCCGGCCCCGCCCAGUGUCCACAGGUGACCUUGAAAGAGCCCUGCCGGCUGCAGUGGGGCUCCAGAAAGCCAGGGCACACCCCAAGGCCACUUCCUUCCUCUGCCGCGGCAUGGACCCCAAGUACCAGUGUGACCUGGUGUCCAAGGGGGGCAGGGAGGUGUACCCGUACCCCAGCCCCCUGCACGCCGUGGCUUUGCAGAGCCCCCUCUUUACUCUGACCAAGGAGACCGCGCCGAGCGAUGGCCACUCGCCCCCCAGUCAGCCCCUCCCUGGCGCCACAGGUCCGAGCCCCAUUCGGACUGGACUGGGCCUCGAGGCUGGCCCAGCCAGCGCCUACAUAGAGAGGCUGCUGCGACUGCAGGGCCGAGGGCCCCCUGCGAGGGGCAGUGUGGUUGAGCGUGGACCCCCAGGACGGGAGGCGUCCCUAUCUCCGCAGGGGCUCGGGGUCCGGGGGGCGGACAGUGAAGGUGGCCUGGAGAAGCCGGUGUGCGCCCCGGGGAGAGCGGAGGUGGGAGGGGAGGCCCAGAGCGGGGCCGCCCGUGGGGACAGCCUCGAGCAGCCGGGGCCUGUGCCCCUUGUACGCACCCUGCACCCCAGCAGCCGUCCAGAGGAGGGCCCCAGACCCUCGCGCGGCUGCGUGCACCGGGAGGCCCGUCCAGGCUCCCCAUGGCUGGGCUGUGGCCAGGCCCCUGCUCCCUGCUUGCAGGGUCAGCAGCCAGCUCUCCACGGCUGGACGGGCAGAGGCAGGUCGCCGGGCGGGGGGGCGGGUGGGGAGGGCCCCCCUCCCGCCCCUGGACACUGUGUCCGCCCGCACUUUGCUGCCAGAGGAGCUCUCCCUGUGGGGCCCCCCAAGGCCAAGCCUGUGAAGAUCAAGAGGGGGGCCAGCGACAAGGUGCUGAAGCUUGGGGGGCCGCAGCUUCAGUGGGGCGCCCUCGGGGGCCCCCGGCCACCCCCUGAGUCGGGAGGUGGUCUCAGGAGGCCCCCCCUGGCCAGGGCGGCGCCCGGCCGGUCCUGCUCUGAGUCCAGCCUCUACCCCGUGUCUGUCUUCGUCCCCCUGCUGGUGGCCCGACCAGAGGGUCACCAGGUGUCAGCUCAGGCCUUGUUCCCCUUGGAAGCAGCCCCGCUGGUGGCAAGCGGAGGGGAGGCCCGGAGGAAGCAGCGCAGGUGGCAGUCCUCCGUAGAGAUCUCAGCCCGGGCCCGCCCGGACCCCAGCCUGGGGCCCCAUAGGCCGGCGGCCCGGAGAGGGGGUGGCCCGCGGCCCGUGUGCGCCAGACCCAGGCCCAGGCUGCCGCGCCAGGAUGCCCGAGCCCGGAGCGGGUCGGACGGCUCGGAGCACUCGGCCGAGUGCGCGUCCCUCUUGCGCUCCACCGUCGCGGAGAGCAGCGGGGACGAGGCCAGCGACCACACGGCCAACCGCUUCGGGGACGCAGAGUCCAGUGGCAGCACCUCGGAGGGCAGCGGCCAGGGCGGGGGACGCUCCAGCCAGCGGGCCCCGGCCAGCUCCAGGCCCCCUCUGCCGCCGGUGCCCAGGCUGUGCCGCGUCAAGGCCUCCAAGGCCCUGAAGAAGAGGCUCCGCAGGUUCCAGCCGGCUGCUCUGAAGGUCAUGACCAUGGUGUGAGGUCGCUGGGCGACAGCAGGGCCUGUCCGGGCCCGGGAGCCACAGACACAAAGGGACCUUUCGUGGCUGAGGACGGGUCCAGCCUCGCACGGUGUUAGACGUGCAGGUCUGUGUCAUCUGGACACUUUGCUUUCUCCCCGAAGCUGCCCUUCAAAAGGAGUCCCCGCAGAGGAGAUGAUGGGCCCGUCCCUGGUGCAUCGCCCCCCAGGUUAGGCUGUGACUCUGGGCACGUCACCCCACCUUGGCCCCAGUGGAGACCUUCACCCAGAACUCUGGGACUGCAGAUUCGUCGGGGCGCUGGCCUCCCAGCUGCCUGUGCCGUGAGCCCCGUGCUUGCUUCCCUCCAUCCUGUUCCACUUGGGCUGGGCGCUCGGUGUACCCCAGCCUGUUGAACAGUUUCCCCCCAAAAGCGUUCCCUUUAAGGAAUGGUUGCAGGACUGCGCAGUGGAAACUGGGUUGGACUCUGAAUCCAGGUCAAACCCUCAACAUGAAUAAACAGCCGAUUAUGCCUU